GCCGGAUACACAUAUUCACAUAAUCCUCAUCCAGUCGGUCGCCUUGAAAAAUCCAUUGGCACGCUGCUGGUGCGUAUUGCUAGAUCAGAAAGUGAUUUGGCUGACAGACUUUUAGAGGUCAAUUGGGAGGCACUGAUUUUUACUUAAAACAAUCACAUCUGUAUAUUCAUAAAUCACAAUGGGUGCUACUCGCGCGCAAAAGGAAAUUUACUUCAUCAAACUAAAGGAACUUAUCUCCAAGUAUCCCUCCAUCUUCAUCGUCAACGUUGACAAUGUUAGCUCCAACCAAAUGCACCAGAUUCGUGUUGCCCUCCGUGGCAAAGGUGUCGUCUUGAUGGGCAAGAACACUAUGGUUCGCCGCGCUCUUCGUACUAUCCUUUCGGAGAACCCCCAGUUCGAGCGUCUUCUUCCCCACGUCAGGGGUAACAUCGGUUUCGUCUUCACCGACAAAGACCUCAAGGAGGUUAGGGAAAUCAUCGUUGCCAACAAGAUCGCAGCCCCCGCUCGUGCCGGUGCUUAUGCCCCCAAGGAUGUCUUCGCCCUCGGUAUCCCCACCAAAAUCGCUCGUGGUACCAUUGAAAUUUCGUCCGAGGUCCAGGUCGUUACCGCUGGUAGCCGUAUCUUCGACUCUGGAAACGCGUUCGCUCCUGAAGUUCUUGAUAUCGAUGAGAAGGUGCUCAUUGACCGCUUCAUGUCCGGUAUCCAGACCAUUGCUGCCAUCUCAUUGGCCCUCAACUACCCCACCGUCGUCUCGGUCACGCACUCGCUUGUCAACUCGUACAAGAACCUCAUUGCUCUGUGCUUGUCUACCGACUACAUGUUCGAGGGUGCCCAGAAGGCCAAGGAAUACUUGGAGAACCCUGACGCAUUUGCCGCCGUCGCCGCACCUGCUGCCGCUGAGGCCGCAUCUGCUGCUGUUGAGGCUGAGGUUGAGGAGAAGGCCGAAGAGAAGGAGGAGUCUGACGAUGACAUGGGUUUCGGUCUCUUCGACUAGAUUACGCAUCGUGUCAUGUUAUUUACCGUCACGCUCAUCAUCUAAUGCACAUGCAGGCUGAUAAGAUCACUCACUCGUGUUGAUCAAACGAUCCCCAAAUACAUAUAAGUCAAAAGGAACAUUGUGAGGCGCCUAUUCAUGCUUCUACGUAGACUAUACAUAUAUAGCUUCGUCCAUUCAUCGUUACACGUUGAUCGAUGUGUGUGUUUCUUACUGGUUGUUGUAGUGACACCAUUAAGUAGUAUGGGCAUGAAAGCCAGGCGCUGUUACAGGGACCGGACCAAACCGGUUACCUGGACUAGGCGGGGCCAUAGCAGAUUCAGAUAUUCCCAUACUAUGAU